AUGCAAUGGAUGCAGCCAGAAAAGAAUAUCAACACUUCCCAAGUGCAAGGGAAUGCUUCUCCAGAGGUAAAACUUGCAUUGCUAAACUAUCUGGUGCAGCCAAGGCACGUCUCGCGUUCGACUGGCAAGCCCUUCAGAGGUUUCAAGGCCGAGUUCGUGUCCCGGUUGCAACUAGCAGAGGCGUCUGUAUUGUCAAAGGCAGAGGAGCCGGACAGACUUGAAGGACGGACUGUCCUCGAGGCGAUCGUGGAUGAAGGUGCCUGA